UGCCAAUUGUCUACUCCACCUCUCUUGUCUCUGUUUCGGUGCACGUUUCCUGGAUGCCGUGAAUACACUUCGACACGAUCGUUCCUUUCAUCUUCGCCCAUAUCGCCGUGCUCGAGUCUCGACUUGGUUGAAACUUGACCGCUGCCUUUCCCCGGACACGCCAGGCCCCCUCGUCAUGGCCGCCGCAUAUUCUGCAACUGCCCCGGGAACCUUGCCUCAAGCCGUGUCAAGUUCGAGUGCUCCUCCGGGUACCUUUGCUCCGGGUACGAAGGUCCAGGUCGGCUCCCAUCGUGUCGUUAUCGAGAAGUACUUUUCCGAAGGAGGCUUCGCCCACGUCUACACCGUCCGCGUACCGCCCAAGGAUGCCUCCAGCAAAACCACUAUUGCCGUGCUCAAAAGAGUCGCCGUGCCGGACAAAGAUGCUCUGGCGAACAUGCGUACAGAGGUCGAGACUAUGAAGAAGCUCAAAGGCCACAAGCACAUUGUCACAUACAUCGACAGCCAUGCCAGUCAACUGAAAGGCGGUGGCUACGAGGUCUUCUUGCUCAUGGAGUUCUGCUCGGGCGGUGGUCUGAUUGACUUCAUGAACACGCGCUUGCAGCACCGCUUGACCGAGCCCGAGAUCUUGAACAUCUUUGGAGACGUCAGCGAGGGUGUUGCGACCAUGCACUACCUCAAGCCUCCGCUCUUGCAUAGGGAUCUGAAGGUCGAAAACGUCCUCAUCACAAAUUCGACCAAAGGCGCCAUAUAUAAGCUUUGCGACUUUGGUAGUACAGCUCCCCCAAGGCCCGCUGCUACCACUGCCCACGAGGGCAGGAUCAUCGAAGAAGACGUCCAGCGUCAUACAACUAUGCAGUACCGAAGUCCCGAAAUGGUUGACGUUUGGCGUAGGCAGCCAAUCGACGAAAAGAGUGAUAUCUGGGCUCUGGGUGUCUUGUUGUACAAGCUAUGUUACUAUACCACGCCUUUCGAGGAAGUUGGUCAGAUGGCAAUCUUGAAUGCUUCGUUUAAAUAUCCGCACUAUCCUCCUUUCUCAACGCGGCUUAAAGCUUUGAUCGGCUCUUGUUUACGAGAAGACCCUCGCCAGAGACCCAAUAUCUACCAGGUCAUUAGCGAGGUCUGCAGUAUGCGUAGUACUACAGUGCCCAUCAAAGACAUCUAUGCACAACGCACCCAAUCUGAGGCUGGACGCAACCAAAAACUUCCUGAUCUUACCUCCCCCGUGGCCUCACCUCCUCCUGCAGGAAUCAGUCAUGCGUCGCCCAUCAAGCAAAAGCAAUUCAUACCUGAUAUUGCUCCGAUGCGACGUGGCAGACCGACAGCAGCACCACAACCUGUGGCUGCUAAGACAAACAUAGCUUCUGCUAAGAGUUCUGACCCCUUCGCUGCACUUGACUCUGCGUCAAACACCAUCCGAUCUCGUGCUGUAGACGAGCUUUCUGCCAAGUUCCCUUCACUUGAUGAAUUUUCGAUUGCACACAGUUCGGGAGGGUUCAACUUCAGCUCAUCGAAACCGCAAAGGAACGACCCGAUCACGAGUGCAUUGGCGGACGAAGUAUUUGCUCAUCCGGAAUUAGCAAAAGGCAUGCCUGCGUCCAAUGUUGAGCCAGUCUCCGCUCAGAAGCCUACCGCAAGACCCGAAAGUCGAUCAAAGGCUGAGGCGCCACCAAAACCCAAAACAUUGCUGCAUCAGCCAGCUCCUCAAAAGUCAAACUAUUCUUCUAAUACCAUCAUUACCUCGCCAUCUGAAGUUCAGUCUACGCAAAAGGCUCUGCCAAAAUUGCCGGACGUCAGCAAACGACCAAUUUGGCGCGUACCGGAUCACUCGAGAUCUUCGAGCCAGCCGCGCGCUUCGCCCUUGGCGCAGAGAGAGGCUGAUAGACUACAGCCUAGUGCGGCUCCCGCUCAAAGACCAGCGCUAUUAGACUCUCACCGAUCAAAGUCCCAAACUGCUACGCUGACGCUCGCGAAACAAACAACCUCUUCCCGACCGUCCCUAGAAGGGCACCGGCCUUCAUUUGGAUACGAGGACAAUACAAGCAGAGCGAGAUCUGCUAAUUCGAGACCAAGACCCGUCAGCGCGGCAUAUGUGGAUUCCAACCUUGACUACCUUCGCGAACAGGAAGCUGAGAGGAAGCGACCGUCGCUUGAAAUCAGAAGAUCCAGCCGUUCUAUCAGAAGCACUGAACUCAACUUUGAUGAUGGCAACAUCGAGAGUGAUGCAGACUUUCUCCGGAAUCUUGAGAGCAAUGAUGGACUUAGUCGUAGAAACAGCGGCAAGAGUGCCGCCCAUAACAAGCGCUCAAGCUUGUCCUCGCUUAGCUUCAGCGGAACCAAGAACAUGCUUUCGGGCAGGUUUGGUGAUGCAUUCAAGCGGUUUGAGCAAACAAGUGGACCUGCAAAAGCUGAGAAGAGUGGACGAGCAUCUGAGUCGGGAUUCAGGACUCCUAGCCCCAAUCCACCAAUGCAGAACGAGAGCAGUCUACUCAGUCCCAUCUCAGGCUCCGAGACCAAUGAGACACCUCGACGUCCGGAGACGACUAACACUGAUCUGGCUGACCUGAUCGAGACAGAAGACCUACCGCCAGAGAUGCGUAGAGAGAUGGAAAGGCUACAGCUUGCUCAAGAGGAGAAACGAGUUUCAGCAGCAGCGGCCGAAUAUCGCAGCCGUGGUGGCGCUCCUCCAGUACCCUCAAAGGCAAACAUGAUCCAACAGCGCGUCCAGUCCUUAUUGGACGAUGGACAGAAAUCCCCUGCGCGUAAGAGACAAGCGGAGGGAUACGGACGCUACACAGAAAGAACAGAGACGGAGGAUGUUGAGCGACGAGUUACACCAACAGUGCAGCCUACUGCAAAGAGGCAACCGCCGCCUAUUGCGAGGAAGCCAGCCACGCCUGUGCCUGGCGAAGUGGAUAUGAAUUUGAGAUACCACAAGGUCAGGCAGUCUCAAACCUUCCCGAUACCAGCAGGCACAUAUCCUCUGGAACACUCAGUAUCAGCACCCGCGCAACGUACAGGAGCAGCGGCUCGACCCAACGCGCCUAUGAAACCUGCCUCACUCAAGACAGGUGGGUCGAGCAUAUCGCAAGCAGCGUCAUCAGGAUUGGCGAGUCCGGUGUACAGUCAGGCCUCAGGAGCAGGCCGUGGACCAAGUCUUGCAGCAUUGAUCGCACGCGACAGCGAAGGGGUUGCAGGGGUUGGUGCUGGCGCCAACACGGGCAUGGAUCAAGGGUUGCGACAAGAAUCGGAGUUUGCUAAUCAAGCAGACUUUGAUGAUUGGCAAGCCGACUUUAGCAAGCGGUAUCCAAGUCUGGGAGGAAUUGAAAUGGUGGAACGGGAAAUAGCUGCGACGGGUGGAGGUGGAGGCAGAGAUGGUGGACGACGUGAGAUGCGAGUCCGGGAUGUCUGAGUAUAGGUGUGUAUGAAGAAGUAGAAGUGUUGGACAUUGCAUUUGAAUGUAGACGAUCGAGACAAUUUUGGCCGUCAGAGGUGAAAUAAAUACAGUUUCGGCAGGAGCGUUGAAGGUGGUGACGAAGGUCCAGGCUUGUGUUUCACGAAGAGCGGGCAGAUCCUCCACGAAAGUCCGACGACUGCCCCAAACGCUUCCCCCCACCUUG